AUGUCCCAACUUCCCAGCGAUGUUCGACUACAAAUUUCACGCAUGUCCACAAAUGAAGUUUGGAAAAUUGAUGAGCUUCUUGACACCAUAAAGUCUGAAAUUGAUGCCCGGGAAGCAAGCGAAGGAGCGAAAUCGAGCGGUGUUGAGAAUCGCAAGCCUCCUAUUAAUCCAAAUGCGUUGGUCGCAAAGAGCCCCAAAGAGUUUAAAAUUCGUUGCGCUUACUGUGGAAGCCUACACUAUUCUGCUUCUUGUGACAAGGUGCUCGAUUGUGAAAGCCGAAAGAAGAUUCUUGCAAACAGCAACCGAUGCUUCAAUUGUCUACUAAAGGACCACAACAACACUCAGUGUAUGAGCGAGAAGAAUUGUAGGCACUGCAAGAAAUGCCAUCAUCAAUCCAUAUGUGAUCAAGUUCACACAAAGGUAAACCUAUCAAUGGCUGAUGAAUCUGCGAGCAGCGAAACAAGCAGUACGACAACGAGUGCAACGACAACUAUGAUCAAUGCGAACGUACAACAACCAAAAACUGUGCUUUUACAAACAGCACGAGCUGUGGCACUCGAUGAAACAGGCAAACUUUCGCCUCCAGUCAGGAUUCUGUUUGAUAGAGGAAGUCAAAGAUCUUAUGUCACCGAAAAUCUUCGAUCGAAGCUAAAAUUGAAAUCCGUUCAACACAAAAGGCUAAAUCUCAACACCUUUGGAGAAGCCCGUUACAAAUCUCAGAAUUGCGACUUAGUUCACUUAUGA